AUGGCUGGCGAGGUCCCCGCCUACGUUUUCUACCAUUACAAACCAAACUUGGUUGCCGCUAUCAUAUUCAUCGUCACCUUCUCUCUAUCCGCUAUCCUCCAUGUCUUCACACUCACCCGAAAGAGAACGUGGUACUUUAUUCCGUUUGUUAUCGGAUGUCUCUUCGAGAUAGUUGGAUAUGUCGGACGAGCCCUGUCCUCGGGCGAAUACCCCAACUUCACCAAAGUCCCCUACAUCAUCCAAUCCAGUCUCCUCCUCCUCGGCCCCACGCUCCUAGCCGCAUCCAUCUACAUGAUCCUGGGCCGCCUGAUCGUCCUCCUCGAAGCGCACAACUACUCGAUCAUCCACCCGAAAUGGCUGACCAAGUUCUUCGUCCUCGGCGACAUCCUCUCCUUCUUCGUGCAAGCCGGCGGCGGUGGCAUCCUCACGCAGGCCAAGACGCUCAAGGACCUCAACCUCGGCCAGAACGUCAUCAUCGCCGGCCUCGCCAUCCAGAUCCUCUUCUUCGCCUUCUUCAUCACCGUCACGCUCGUCUUCCACCGCCGCAUCCUCGCGCGCCCCACGCACAACGCACGGGCGCUCACCACGCCCUGGAAGAAGCUGCUCGUCGUCCUCUACACGAGCAGCAGCUUCAUCAUGAUCCGCAGUAUCUUCCGCGUGGCCGAGUACGUCCUCGGCUCCACCGGCGAGCUGCAGUCCAAGGAGGUGUACCUCUACUGUCUGGAUGCGCUGCCGAUGCUGUGCGUCGCGCUCGCGUACAACUGGUUCCAUCCCAGCAGAGUUGUUACCCGCAAGGCGCUGCAGAAGCCGUCGGAGACGAGUCUGCAGCUUCUCAUGUACCUUCGAGAAGCCAACAAGCUCUACUCUAAUGACGAUUUCAGGGGCGAAAUAAAGGACAAUUUCCUUUCGCCCCUAAAAACCGAAGCUGCUACCUACAAUACAAAUAUGAAAUACUUCGCGCGGUGGCGAGUACUCAUGAGCUCGUAUCCUCUAGGCCUUCCCCCUUCAUGUCCCGAUUAUUGUGGGAACGCCGGUGGUGGAACCGGUGGUGGAACGGCAAACCCGGAUGGUAGGCGCGAACCGGAUUAUGCCGGAACUACAAGGUCAGAUGCCAGGGCUACUAAACUAUCAGUGAACCAGAAAUAG